AUGGCUUCAUAUAACUUGCGAACCUUAGGCCAGGAACAUUCGCCAGCAUACCGUGUAUUUCUUGAGGAUGGAAAUUCUGGAAAGGUUCUUUCGUUCUUCCACGAUGUUCCCCUCAAAACGGGACAAGACGAUAUAUUCAACUUUGUACUUGAAAUCCCCCGUUGGACAAAUGCAAAGUUGGAGAUUUCCACUUGCGAAGAAGGCAAUCCAAUUAAGCAGGAUGUUAAAAAAGGUGCUCUGAGAUAUGUUGCCAAUCUAUUUCCUCUCAAUGGAUACCCAUGGAACUAUGGAGCCCUUCCCCAGACGUGGGAAGAUCCUUCCGAAACUUGCCAACAUACGAGCUAUCGUGGAGAUAAUGAUCCGCUGGAUGUUAUUGAGAUUGGUGCACAAAAGGGGUUCACUGGCCAGAUCAAGUCAGUCAAGGUGCUCGGUGCCCUUGCUCUGAUAGAUGAGGGCGAAACAGACUGGAAAAUCAUUGCCAUUGAUUCCGAAGAUCCAUUGGCUUCUGAAUUAUCUGAUAUUGAGGAUGUCAAGAAAAAAUGUCCCGGUUUAUUGGAAACUACUCGCGACUGGUUCAAGUUAUAUAAAAUCCCCGAUGGAAAGCCGGAAAACUCUUUUGCAUUUAAUGGCGAAUUCAAGAAUAAGGAGUUCGCACUUCAAGUCAUCCAAAAUACUCAUGAUGCCUGGAAGGGGCUUAAAAGCGGGGAGAGAAGUAACAAUGGGAUUUCUACGUGCUCUGGGUCUUUAGAGGUACCAAGCGGGACCUCUCGUCCGUUUGCCGAGUUAUUUGGCACUCUCCUACCGAGAAACGUCACUAAAAGCACCUUUUCCCUAAUAAAGUUUAAUUAG